AUGAGUGCGCCCGACAACAAGCAUUGUUGUAGUGGGGUGGAUUGCAGCCAGGCAGCAGGCAGCCUACGAUGUCCAGCAUGCCUUAAAAUUGGAGUCGAAAGCUAUUUCUGCUCUCAAGACUGCUUUAAGCGUAGCUGGGGAGAACAUAAAGCAAUCCAUAAAUCCAAAGGCAAGAAAGUAUCUCGAAUACGUGAAACCUUUAACCCAUUCCCGACGUUCCAGUUUACCGGUACCUUACGACCUGUGUACCCCCUUUCGCCCAAGAACCCGGUUCCAAGUUCUAUCCAGCACCCUGACUAUGCGGUUGAUGGCGUUCCGCGAUCCGAACAAAAAAUAUAUGGGCGACAUAAUAUCAAGAUCCUCAACCAGGAAGAAAUAGAUGGAAUGAGAAAGGUGUGUCGGUUAUCAAGAGAGGUCCUAGACAUCGCUGCUCGGGAGAUUCGACCUGGCGUCACCACCGACCACAUCGACAAAGUCGUACAUCAAGCCUGUCUAGAAAGAGAAGCAUAUCCCUCCCCUCUCAACUAUGUGAAUUUCCCCAAGUCUGUCUGCACAUCUGUCAACGAAGUUAUCUGUCACGGCAUCCCCGAUCAACGGCCCCUGGAAGAUGGCGACAUUGUGAACAUCGACAUCUCACUUUAUCACGGAGGAUUUCACGGCGACCUUAACGAAACGUAUUACGUUGGUGACAAAGCUAUGGCAGACCCCGAUGCGGUUCGAGUGGUAGAAACUUCUAGAGAAUGCCUGGAUAAAGCGAUUGAAAUUGUUAAGCCAGGAACAUUAUUCCGAGAAUUUGGGAAUGUUAUUGAGAAACAUGCCAAGAGUAGAGAUUGCAGCGUUGUGAGAAGUUAUUGCGGACAUGGAAUCAACCAGCUAUUCCACACUACUCCUAGCAUCCCACAUUACGCUAAAAGCAAAACUGUUGGGUCUGCCAAAGCUGGAAUGUGCUUCACAAUCGAGCCGAUGAUCAACCUCGGGAGCUAUAGGGACAAGACAUGGCCGGACAACUGGACAAGCGUCACGGCAGAUGGAAAGAGAUCAGCUCAGUUUGAACAUACGCUUCUGGUGACAGAAGAUGGUGUUGAUAUCCUUACUGCAAGGCUUCCAGAUUCUCCAGGAGGCCCGAUCCCAAUGCCGGCCACUGCGUCAUAG